CCUACCUGGUUAGUGCCUGGGUAGGUAAGAAGAAGGGGGAGAAGACUGUGAACAGGCAGGCCAACUGCCAGGUAGUUUACCCCAUCGCCACCCUCCAAAUUACUGCUGCAGCUCACAUCUCACAUGAGCUCAUUCUUCUUUCGACCCCAAACCAAUUCCCGGCCUUGGAACAUAAAUCCGGCUGCACUAGUUAGUGUCUUUGAGCUUACCAUGGCGGCCAAGACGGCAUACGCGCUUCUCACGGCCUGGACGUUUGCCACACCUUCGUCUCUGCAGUCCUGGGUCGUCCGAAUGUCAUGUCUGAUAGUCGACCCCAGCUACGUCUUCUUGCAACAUGAACCACAAUGGCCAAACCCUCGGAUCUUGAAACGACUUGACUCCAACCGCUGGCUGUGGUUCCAACUACCCACCAAACCAACAACAUGGUAAUGCAACGCACCAACCCAAGGGGCCCGUCUCACUUCGCCUACUGUGUAUUCGCUGAUUGAGACCCAUCUGCCAAUAAUCCCCCCUUCCGUACACAUUACAUUUGCACUGGUUGACACUGACCGAGAUA